AUGGUCUCGUUCACUUUCCUCAUCACGGCCACGCUCGCCGCCGUGGCUGCCGCCUCCCCCGCUAGAAGAGCGCUCGCGCCGCGCCAGGACGAGUGCCAGGCCGUCCGCGACACCAUUGCUGCCAACGGGUGGCCCUGCAGCGAACCGGCCGUGUGCGGGUUCUGCUGUGAGUCGUGGCUGAACCUCGGGGACGCCAUCGGCGACCCCCCCUGCCACGAAGACCACGGAGACUUCACUGAUGUUAACGACGCCUUCACAAGAACCAUGUGA